AUCGAUUUACUUCCAACCCUAGCAAGCUGUGGAAAUUUGCAAAAUUUUAGUAAUAUUUAAAUUAUUUUAAACAAAAAGCAAAUACAACUUACGAAAUGUUGAUCAAAGUGAAGACGCUGACCGGGAAGGAAAUUGAAAUCGACAUUGAGCCCACAGAUAAGGUAGACCGCAUCAAAGAGCGUGUGGAGGAGAAGGAGGGCAUACCGCCACAGCAACAGCGUUUAAUCUUUUCCGGCAAACAAAUGAACGAUGACAAGACUGCGGCUGACUACAAAGUUCAAGGUGGUUCGGUGCUGCACUUGGUGUUGGCUCUGCGCGGAGGCCAUGGUCAUGCCUAGGCCUCGGAUGUUGCUGAAUCUUAGUAAAUUUGGUUAAGAAUUAUUACCACCUCGCCGGAGCGAGGCGAGCUGAUAUCUUUUUCUACAAGCUACUCAAAUAAAUCUAAAUCGCCGAAUCGGUAUCUAAACAUGUA